AUCUAAUGCAUACACAUAUUCCCUUACGCCGCUCAUCAAACGAACCGCACAUGUAGCCGAUUCCAUAGUAGUUAUAUACUUAAAGUAGUGUUUGCCAUAUACCUACCUACGUGUGAGAUAUUACUAGUCGCAAAUCUUUAGACCUAACGCUUUCAAGUGUUGCAACCCUGAGAAUGCGAAUUUGAUUGAUAAAAUCCCCACCAUUUGCAGUUGCACACACGAAGGCACAUUAGCUUCCGUGAGGCUCUGCAAGAUACCGCCCUUGGGCACGCCUCCAACAUGUUCUCCAUCUUCCCCAUCAUCGCAGGAACCGUUGCCGCGACCUACAUCCUCCUGCUAACUCUUCUUCGUCUCACUCAAGAUGCGGCCGAGCCGCCGUCAGUCAAUGAUACCUUCCCUUUUAUUACAACUGUUUUAAGCACGUUAUCUAAGGGCACGAGGCUUCAUCGUUUGAUGAGGGAUCAGUAUAAUCUGCCGAUUCACACAUUGCGACUGCCUGGUUCACGAUUAUAUGUCAUUAACUCCCCGGCUCUCAUUACGUCGGCCCAAAGCCAAAUUCAAACACUCUCUUUCACCGCUAUACAAAGUGGUAUCGUAACCAACAUUCUUGGUGUUAAUAAGGCUACCAAUGAGAUCAUUGGUCGAGACGUGACGAGCCAUGGAAACUAUUUGACAAGCUUCCCCAAAUACAUUCAUCCCACCUUGAUCCCUGGCCCAGGCCUCGAUGAUAUGAACAAGAGGUCAAUCCAGGCUAUGGCCAAAUCCUUAGACGCAUUAGUAGGAAAAGGAAUCACGACAGUGAAGUUGUUCCAAUGGGUUCGCCACGAACUUUUGCUGGCAUUUACCGAAGGAGUCUACGGCCCUAGAAACCCUUUUCGUAAUGCUGAGAUGGAACAGGCUUGGUAUACGUUUGAGCCGGGGUUCAUGAUGUUUGCAUUAAACCUCUUCCCUCGCCUGUUCGCCAGGAAAAGUUAUCAAGCACGUGAAUAUAUGGUGAAAAUCUGGGAAGGUUAUUUCGAAACAGGUUCACAUCACCAGGGCUCCGAAAUGAUAAAAGCCCGCGUCAAGAUUAAUGAAGACUUCCAGAUAUCCUUGAAGGACACGGCAAGACUGGAAGUAGGAGGUACUCAUGGCCUCCUCUCAAACACCCUUCCUGGGACAUUCUGGACAGUGUACCACAUCUUCUCCGACCCGGUAGUCCUCGAAGACAUCAGGAACGAGCUCUCCAGAGGAGUCCAGAGCGAGGCCGAUGGUUCAUGUACUAUUGACUUGACCUAUAUUAAAUCUUCCUGCCCCAUCUUGCUUUCAACAUUCAAGGAGACGAUGCGCAUACAUUCUACCGGGACUUCCACCCGUAAGGUCCUGCAGGACCAUCGACUGGACAACAAAUACCUUCUUAAGAAAGGGAGCACCGUCAUGAUGCCGUCAGCGGUACAGCACACCAACCGUCACGUUUGGGGGGACACGGUGGACGAAUUCGACCACAAGCGCUUCGUGCCGGGCGCGAAACGCGUCAAUCCGGUUGCGUUCCGCGGGUUCGGGGGAGGAUCGACUUUAUGCCCCGGGCGACAAUUCGCAUCCACCGAGAUUCUCAUGUUUUCAGCUCUCCUCGUUUUGCGGUUUGAUCUUCGUCCCGUGAGCGGCAGGUGGACUGCGCCUUCGACGGCCAAUUCGUCGAUGGCGAAUUCGCUUCCUGUGCCUGAUUGGGAUUUCGAUGUUGAGUUGCGGCCUAGGGAUGAUAAGGACUGGAAGAUAUCCUUCUCGGGUUCUCAUAUGGAAAUGGAGAUAGCAGCGGAGGACAUUGAAGGCGCUAUCUCUGAACUGUCUCAUUGAUCUUGAGGUUUGGUGAUGAAAUAUAAAUUACCUAUGUAGGUAUUGAUAAUGGAGAGUUAUCCUGGUGGCUCAUUUUGGCUCGUUGUGGCUUGCUGUGGCUCAACAUUGUUAACGUCGAAGCUUCACCGGAGAAGUCUUUGCUUUCAAUUAUUUCAUUUUCUUAAUGAUUGGUAAUGAUGUAUCUAUGGUGUAUAAACCUGAAUAAGGAAACCCUAUGUCUCUGCG